AUGUUAUUUUUGAGAAUAGCGUGUUUGAUGAACGCCGUGUUGACAGUGGUAGGGUUUAAGGUGACGUUUGACGUAUUAUCCACGUUAUAUCUGCCGUAUAAGUACACAGCCAACGGACCGAUAUACGCCUUGGAGCAAGAUGCAGCGGAACAGAUGGCGUUUGACGCCACGUCGAAACUUCUCUACUCCGUCGGCCACACAAACAUUCAUGUCAUCGAUAUGGCCAACUUGAAUAGCACGCGGGUCAUUUUCAACACGUCAUUCCUAAACGUUGACGUCACCGAUGUGGAACUUUGCGGGGGUCACGUGUUUGUUGCCUUUGACAACCAGACGCGGAGGGAAGAUGGCUUCGUCAAUGUGUACCGUCUUUACAACAGGCAGUCGGGAACCUUAGAUCUAGUUCAUUCAAUUAAAGUCGGUGUAAUCCCGGACAUGAUACACGCCACAUCUGACUGCCGAACGCUGAUAGUUGCUAUAGAAGCGGAGCCUUACGACGACGCGGCAAGCGGUCAACUUGUCGAUAACCCCGGCGGUGUCGGAAUCGUUAAAUUUCCCCAAGGUCCCGACGGCACAUACACUUUCAAUGUUCUGGGAUUCGAGAAAUUUAACGCCAAGUAUAAAACUGAACUGGAGGGGCGUGGUGUGAUGUACAUUAACCGGAACACCGACUUCUGCAAUGACCUGGAACCCGAAUAUAUCGCGUUAAAUAAGGAAGAAACAAUAGCUUAUGUCAACCUUCAGGAAAACAACGGUAUUGCCGUGGUCGAUCUGCAAUCCGAGGACAUAUUGGAUAUCUAUGGACUUGGAUUCAAGGACUGGAGCAUGUCAAAUAUUGACGCCAGUGACAAAGAUGGGGGAUUCAAUAUGCGACCUUGGAAAGUGAUGGGAAUGUACCAGCCAGACGCCAUCAAAGUUUAUAGGUUCAAGGGGACCGAUUACAUCAUCACCGCCAACGAGGGAGACUCCAAAGACUAUACGUAUUUCUCCGAAGAAGUUCGAGUAAAAGAUCUCCAUCUUUCCGAUAUGUAUGAAAGUAACGCAACCGCCCGACACGAAAUACAGUCCAACCGCAUGCUUGGUCGCCUUAAAGUGUCCAACGUCCAUGGCCUCAAUUCCACCACUCAGAAAUAUGAUCGUUUGUAUGCAUUUGGUGGCCGUAGCUUCUCCAUUCGACGGGCGGACAACAUGCAACUCGUUUAUGACAGCGGUGACGAAAUCGCCCGCAAGACGGCUCUACUGGCGCCUAAACUCUUCAACACAAACUUCGCUUCAGCCGAUACCGUCGAUCAUAGCUAUGAUCAGCGCUCCGACGACAAGGGCCCGGAAACAGAGAGCUUAGCCAUGGGACAUUUUGGUCACGUGUCUUUGUUGAUGAUCGGAAAUGAACGGCCGGGCACGAUUGCCGUAUAUUCCAUUGACGAGAGACUUCCGACGAUCUCGCCGAAGUUUGAGACGAUUAUUCACGGAGUUACCCGAACGGACGACACGUGGGAGAACUUGUACAAUGCACGUGCUGUGAGCAUGCUGGACCCAGAGGAUAUUAAGUUCGUACCAGCCGACGAAAGCCCCAACGGAAACCCUCUGUUGCUCGUGAGCGGAAGUAUCAGCGGCACUGUAACGGUCAUACAGAUAACCGUCCAACAGAACGACCCCAACAUAGUGGGUUGA